AUGGUCGUCCGAGAGAUACCACUGGUAGCUGUACCACCCUCGUUACGUCAUAUUCCUCGAAAUGAUCCACAAGUAUUUGAGACUAUGCUUAAGAACUUCUUUAAGAUGACAUCCAAUUAUCGUCUAACACCUGUUUCACGAUCCAACUACGCUUCGAGACCUAUUGAUUACAAAAUCGUUGAUCGUACGGAGUAUGCUGUCAACCGUAGAAUCCUAUCAAAGGUCUUCGAAAGUGACCUGGUUUUGACGAAACCGCAAAUGGAUCAAGUAAUUGAAAACUUUCAAGCAAGAGUAAACGGUCGAAAACCAAGAAAAAGAAGAAAUGCCGCAAUAGCUGGAGAGAAAUUCAGAUGGCCGAAUGCUGUAGUUCCAUACGAAUUCAAGGAUAACAACAUUGAAUGGCAAGGAAUUAUUCGAAAAGGAAUGUAUAAAUGGCAACGAGAGACUUGUAUUCGUUUUGUGAAAAGAACAACCGAGAAUGAUUAUGCGAUUUUUUUUAAAGGAGGCGGAUGCUACUCCAAUGUUGGAAGAACAGGAGGUCGGCAAUACGUCUCAAUUGGUUGGGGUUGUGAAGGGGGUGGAAUAGUUGCUCACGAAAUUGGUCACGCUCUUGGAUUUUGGCAUGAACAAAGUCGUCCGGAUAGAGAUAACUAUAUAAAUAUCAAUGAGGAAAAUAUUAGCAGAGGAACAAAGGGUAAUUUUGAAAAACGUAAUGAUAUUAUGGACUCGGAUAUUCCGUACGAUUUCGGUUCUGUUAUGCAUUACGGUCCACAAGCAUUCACUAAUAAUUGGAAAUUUGUUACAAUUGAAACAAAGGAUCACCGUUUCCAACACACAAUUGGACAACGAGCAGAUAUUUCUUUUAUUGACGUGAAACAUGCUAAUCGUCUGUAUUGCUCACAUAUUUGCAAGACAAAUUUGUUCUGUGAAAAUGGUGGAUAUGAAGAUCCACGGAAUUGUAUGCACUGUAAAUGUCCACCUGGUCUUGGAGGUGUUCGUUGUGAGCGGAUUGCUGAGUCAACACCUGGAUGCGGUGGUGAACUGUUUGCUACCGGUGCAUGGCAGACCCUCAAGAACACAGUUGUUGGAUCCUGUCAUUGGAGGUUAUAUGCACCUUCUGGACGAAUUCAUUUCGAAGUAAUCGAGACAAACUUCGUAUGCGAUUCAUCAUGCGCCGAUGAAUAUCUUGAAAUUAAACAUACAAAAAAUAUGGAACAAACUGGAUUUCGACAGUGCUGCAAUCCAACUCCGGGACGAAUUUUAUCUGAGGGGAAUCAAGUGCUUGUAUCAAGUGUGUCUCAUAGAAGUCCCUCAAAUUUCACAAUGAGAUUCAUCCUAGAUUCUGAAUCGAUUCCAACACCGCCACCUGCAGCAUGGGAAGGUCAUGGUGGAUUAACGGGUUUGCUUGGUGCAAACGAAGCUGGAAUUGAUAACACUUUUGAAACGCUCAUUUUAAAGGAUUUUCCCAGAGCCAUCGGGCGAGGACGUGGAGGAAACAACAUUGCUUCGCUGUUUGGAAUUCUAGACACUUUCCUCAAACGUGGAUAA